AAAAAGAAGAAGGGCAGCUGAACAAUGUGUGAAGCUAUGACACAACAACACAAAGCCAGGAGCGAUGACGGGCGCCGCCCUCUCACGUGCUUCGCUGUUUGAACGGAGCGAGCUGUCUGCAAACCGAUAUGUGCGAUGCACUGCUUCGCGUCGACGCCGCGAGCAGGCCGUGACAAGCGAUGACUGCGGUGUUCAUGGACGGCGACUGUCACGAUUCGUCGAUCGAGUACCUACCGCCGGGCGGCAGCUCCGUCACAGACGGCUUCGACGAGAAACUGCGCCGCUACUUGGAACGCUACAGCCUCGGGUCGUCGGUCAACGUUAGCGGCGAGUGCGACAGCGUAGCGAGUCACGUCGAUCCCUCGGAAACAUGUGUGCGCGACGGUGUUCACGAGGAACUGACACGCCAGCCACAUGCCAUGGAGCGUUACAUGCGGCUCAAGCUGCGACGAUUCUUCAUGAAUCCGCUGGAGAAGUGGCGCCACAGAGGUCGCUUCCCGUGGAAACUGACACUGCAGAUAUUCAAACUAGUAGUGGUGACUGUGCAGGUAAUCUUGUUUGGCUUGGAAAGCGCCAACUUCCAGCGCCAGCAUCGGAACACUUACAUGGCUCUCGAGCACAUUCUGCUGAACGGUUGGGACACGUCGCGGGAUGUGCUCAUUUAUCCGCCUCCCGCGGGACCGUACGUGGUGCAAACUAAAGACAAGUUCUACCAGCACAUCAGAAACGUCGUGGUCCGGUACAGUAGUAUAACGACUGAUCCGGUGGGCACUUUCGAGUACGCCUCACCAGACGGCUCUCUGCAGCCAGCCAUCUACUGCGAAACUACGUACAAGGAUGGCCGGGUCUGGCCAUUCAACUCGACGCUUAGUUUUGACAGUGAAACUGUUACCAACUGCACAAACAUUACCUCUCGUACGCCUGGCGGCGACUGGAAAGACUUCGACUUGGUGAAGUUCCUGGGCAGACAAGUCUCCUUCGAUGAACUGAUCAAGGCUAGAAUUUCGUUUUCUCUUAAGGCACUGUACUUGACGAACACAAACGGGGCAAGGUUCUCGGAGUGCUACGAGUACCAUUUAUCCGUCGUUUACGAUAACUCUAAGCAUGAUGGUGUGAUCGCCAUCCAAAUGCAUCUGUCCCCUAGCUGUGCCCAGUGCCGCAAGAGCACCCCUAGCAUGGCACCACCUAUGGCUUAUACGCUGCACCAGUGUCUAAAUGUCCUCAUCAUAGUAACCUGCACUUUGUCGACGAUCUUGUGCAUCCGAUCGCUCUACAGAGGCCACAAACUCAUGCGGAAGACAUCGGCAUAUUUCACCGAGUACUUAUGCCGGGAACUCUCGUGGAGCGACAAGAUAGACUUCAUUGACUUUUGGUUUAUCAUGAUCAUAGUGGAUGACGUGCUGCUGGUAGCUGGAUCUGCUGUCAAGAUCCGCAUUGAAGAGCGGCUAGUCCCGAGCCUGAUGUACACGGUGUGCUCAUUGCUACUGGGUUGUGGGUGCCUCUUGUGCUGGUGUGGGUUACUCCGCUAUGUAGGUUACUUUAGGGUGUACAACGUCCUUAUCCUCACAUUGAAGAAGUCGGUCCCCAACGUCAUCCGCUUUUUGCUGUGCACUAUGCUUCUGUUUUGCGGCUAUGUCGUCUGUGGAUGGGUUGUCAUUGGCCCGCAUCACAUAAAGUUUCGGACGGUGUCCACCGCCGCCGAAUGUCUGUUUUCGAUCAUCAAUGGAGAUGAUAUUUUUGCGACUUUUGCCAUGCUUAUCGACAGAAAUGACCAGAUUAUAUGGUACUUUGCGCAGGCCUAUAUGUACAGUUUCGUGAUCCUGUUUGUCUACGUCGUGGUCAGCCUGUUUGUGGCCGUUUUUGUCGACGCUUACGAAACCAUACGCGAUGCACAAGCCAAAAAUGAUCAACCAAGUGCCAUGUCGGUCUUCAUUGCAGAAUCCAGCGACGAGCCCACUAGCGGCGCGUACCGGUCUGACGACGAGCUUGAAAAGCUGUGGCCAUUGUCCCGCGAGCUAUCUUGAUAGAAAAGGAUGUGUACAUAGUGUAUUUACAUAUACUGUGAUGAUAUAUCGGAGCCAAAUCAGAUGCACUGUAGCAAAUUAUUCUUACGUCAGUUUGCCUGGCAACGCUGAGAGUGCACGUGAGCAGUCGGAACAGCUUGUGUCAACCUGGCCUGCAUUGUGAUCAUAGUGUAGCAAUAUAUCGUGGUUGUGAUCCAGUUGCGUAAUUCAGGAGCAUGUUCAGAAGAGAAGGUUGCCAGCCGUGCAGAGACUUCUGCAGCUUUAGAUCCGUUUUGUGCCUUGUAGCUUGUGCAUCGGCAUGCGAUCACGUGCUCAGUUGAGAGUUGGCGAAAAAACAUUAUCGGCAGGUGUGUUACUGCCUACAACAGGUAACUAGAGUGGUAUGAAGUGCUGAAAAUCAUGUGCUGAAAUUAUGAAGUGUUUUUAUAACUUCAUUAAACCGUUUAACAAGCA